CUGACAAUUCAUUCAAACUUGCCAAAAACCAAAACAAAAGUGACCUCACUGAGCACAACCAAACAAUCUUGGGACCAGAUUUGGCUUCAACGUGGACAAUGUGUGAUUCAGUGACCUUAGCCUGAAUUGACUCAGCCAGCCUCUUCCUUCCUGGCUAGAAUGUGUCACUCCGCUCCUUUGGUGGUGAUCUGUGGCAAGCGUUAAGCUGCUGUCCUGGUUUCCUCUCUUGUGGCUGGGAUAAAACACUGCCCACAAGCAACUUAGGGAAGAAAAUGGUUUAUUUAGCUUUCAUCUCCAGGUUCCAGUCCAUCAUGGGGGGAAGUUAAGGCAGAGCUCAAGCAGGAAUCUGAAGCAGAAACCAUGGAGGAAUGAAGCUUGCUGGUCUGCUGGCGGGAAUUUUCUUACAUGGCCCAGAACGACCUUCCCAAGGAGUAGUGGCCUGGACUAGCCUACAACAAUCAUUCACCAAGAAAAUGUCCCCACAAAAGACAUCCCCUCAUGCCAGUUUGAUCUGGGUAAUUUCUCUCUGAGGUUCCUUUCUUGGGUGAUUCCAGAAUUCAUUGUGCCAAAUGGGCAAGUCAAGCUGAUAGGUCAACUGACAAGUCAAGUAGGUUCAACUGCAGACAUCUACCAAGCCUUGGAGGUCAAAGGGCAUUCUUUGCUCAUGACCCUGCUGUUGAUCACAGAGACUUCAGCAGCUAAUGACUCCUGUUAAUUAUUCCUUUCAGUGACACUUAGUGUGGCUGGAUUCCAGGACCCAGAGGUGUUCCUCUGAACAUUUUCCCUGCUGUUCUUCUAUACUCCAUCCCAGUAAGAUGUAGUAAACUGUCUUCCCCCAGGACAAGGUGUAUUCAGAGGCCAGCUCAUGGUGCUCAGAACUCUCCAUUGCCUUUACCCUGCAGGAUUUGCCCAUGCAUUCUCUUCCUCCUUCUUCUCCUCCUCCUCCUUCUCCUCCUCCUCUUUCUCCUUCUCUUCUUCCUCCUCCUCUUUCUCCUCCUCCUCCUUUUGAGAUAAGAUCUUACUAUGUAGCUCUAGCUGACUUGGGACUCACAGAGGUCUGCCUACCCCUUCUUCCUAAGUGCUAGGAUUAAAGGUGUGCCAUCAUGAUGCCCAGCCCUCCUUAAACAGAACAAUCUGUGGAUCUCCUUGAAUGUCAACUAAAUGAGCUUUAAGUUCAGGAUUUUGCUCUUUACCUGCAGAGAAACACCACGUUGAUUUCAUCUCACAAUGGAGUUUCAGAAGUCACCUGAUGGAGGGUGGGGCUGGGUGAUUGUGACCGUCUCCUUCUUCACUCAGUUCCUCUGUUACGGAUCCCCGUUAGCUGUUGGGGUCUUGUACAUAGAGUGGCUGGAUGCCUUCGGUGAAGGAAAAGGAAAAACGGCCUGGGUGGGAUCCCUGGCAAGCGGAGUCGGCUUACUCGCAAGUCCUGUCUGCAGCCUCUGUGUGUCAUCUUUUGGAGCAAGACCCGUCACAAUCUUCAGUGGCUUCCUGGUGGCUGGAGGCCUGAUGCUGAGCAGUCUCGCCCCCAAUAUCUACUUUCUGUUUUUUUCCUAUGGCAUCAUUGUAGGUCUCGGAUGCGGGUUGUUAUACACUGCGACAGUGACCAUUACAUGCCAGUAUUUUGACAGCCGCCGAGGCCUCGCGCUUGGCCUGAUUUCAACAGGGUCAAGCGUGGGCCUUUUCAUCUAUGCGGCUCUGCAGAGGGUGUUGAUAGAGUUCUAUGGCCUGGAUGGGUGCCUACUUAUUGUGGGCGCUUUGGCUUUAAACAUACUAGCCUGUGGCAGCCUGAUGAGACCCUUGCAGCCUUCCGACUCUCCUUUUCCUGAAAAAAUAGCUCCGGAGAAUGUUCUAGAUAGGUACUCCACGUACAACGAGAAAGAGAAGAGCCUGGAAGAAAACACAAUCAUCUUGGACAGGAGCUACAGGAGUGAAGAUAAAUGCAACAGCACCUUGCCCCGUGGUGACUGGAGACAGGAGACUCCUAAAAAUCCUGCAGCUGCAGCACACGCCAAGGAGCCCGAGCCUUACAGAAAGAAGGUCGUGGAGCAGACUUACUUUUGCAAGCAGCUUGCCAAGAGGAAAUGGCAAUUAUAUAGGAACUACUGUGGUGAGACUGUGUCUCUUUUUAAAAACAAAGUCUUCUCCGCCCUUUUCAUUGCCAUCUUGCUUUUUGACAUCGGAGGGUUCCCGCCCUCGCUGCUCAUGGAGGAUGUAGCGAGAAGCUCCAACGUGAGGGAAGAGGACUUCACCAUACCACUCAUCUCCAUUAUCGGCAUCAUGACAGCCGUGGGCAAGCUUCUUUUAGGCAUCAUGGCUGACUUCAAGUGGAUCAACACCUUGUAUCUCUAUGUCGCUACCCUGAUCAUCACGGGUCUGGCCUUGUGUGCAAUCCCCCUUGCCAAGAGCUACGUCACCCUGGCGAUACUUUCUGGGAUCUUGGGUUUCCUUACUGGCAAUUGGUCCAUCUUCCCGUAUGUGACCACAAAGACUGUGGGGAUUGACAAAUUAGCCCACGCCUAUGGAAUACUCAUGUUCUUUGCAGGACUUGGGAAUAGCCUCGGGCCACCGAUUAUUGGUUGGUUCUAUGACUGGACGCAGACCUACGACAUCGCCUUUUAUUUCAGUGGCUGCUGCGUCCUGCUGGGGGGCUUCAUCCUGCUGCUCGCCGCCUUGCCCUGUUGGGACACGUGCAACAAAAAACUCCCUAAGCCAGCGCCAACAACCUUUUUCUACAAAGUUGCCUCUAAUGUUUAGGGGGAUAUUAAAAGGCAUUAUUUUCUCUAUUUUUCUACUUUAUACCAUAUAUAUAAAAUUGUUAGGCAGGUUCCCUAGAGUCAAGACCUUGUAGCAAAACUCCGGCUGACUCUGAAGGAGAACAUACUUUCACAUACCCUGCUUUUUUUUUAUGUACUGUGGGCAUAACCUCUGUCCCUUGUCUUCCCCUCCUCCGAGAAAUGGUACUGUUCUGUUUCACCUUUGCUGGUGAGUUCUGGAUGUAAAACUGUUGACUAGCCUCACCAAGAUUUCUCUGGGUCAAGAAGCUGAGUCUCCGCUUUCCCCCAUGAGUUCUACCACUGCAAGGUACUCAAGGGGUCCUGUCUUCAGCCAUGCACUCCUCAUGACAGGAUAUUUGUGAAGACCCCCCCAAGGAAUAAUUGCUGUCUCCUCUAUGCCCAGACCUGCAAGUCCAGAGAAGACGCUAAAGCCAUUUCCUUUCCAGAAAUGAAAGCUAUGGUUAUAAUGUCACUAAGACUUUGAAGACUUUAGACAAACUAUUUUAAAUCACAGCUGUCCAGUCUUAUCCGUUUUCUAUUUUGUUGUCCUUGCUGAAGCACUGUUGGGCAUUUGGUGUCCACUGAGUAUGAGCUCGUUCAAUUCCUCCAGCCCCCCGCCGUGGCUGGCUCCUAGGACCUCGCUCCCUGGUGCUGGUCAGCAUCCACUCUGCUGGUGUCUCCUAAGAGCUACUGAUUUGCCGGUUUCCAGCUUGGAAAUACACCUCUGAACCAUUCCGUCUGGCAAGUGGGAAGCAUCCAUUUGCUUGGAGCACCGUGGGAAUGAGUUGCAAGGCCUGGCCUGUCUUCCAAAUGAAGCCCAUGGUGAUUUCUCUUGGGCUUUUCCACUACUGCAUUUUAAUUCAUGGACAGGGCUAAAAAAAAAAAAAAAAAGAUGCUCUGUGUGUUCAUUAGACGUGGGAAAGGCCAGGGUGAAGAGAAACCAAUACUCUCAUCCACCCUUAUGUAAUCCCAAGAACACUGGAGGGCAGAAAUAAUGUUUAAUAAAUAGAAAUGGGUUCAGCUUUGGUUUCAUUCAACCAAUGGGUUUCCUCUACAGAAAUGGGUUUCAGGGGUUGGGGAUUUAGCUCAGUGGUAGAGCGCUUGCCUAGCAAGUUCAAGGCCCUGGGUUCGGUCCUCAGCUCCGGGGAAAAAAAAAAAAGAAAUGGGUUUCAACUUCGCCAUGCUUCAGAAUCCCCUACAGACCCUCCAGAAACUUAAGUGCUUGAUACUAUGCUUUUAAUUUUAAUUCUGCAUGUUGGCCCACGCAUCUGCAUUUUAAUGAAGUCUACAGGGAUUCAGGUGACAGGGCCCGAGGACAGCUGUAGACUGGCGUGGUAGGGCUGUGCUUCCUGAAGCUCAGGGGAACAGUGAGGGCAUGGCAGGUGGGGGAAGCCCUGAGUUCGCUGAUCACCAGCACCAUGGGGGGGGGGGGGGAAUAAACACAUUGGCAAUAGACAAACAUUUUCUUUUCUUAAAUAAAAGAAAAAAAAAGAUAAGCCAUAAAGUUAGGUAUUUUAAAACAAACAGCCAAGGGUUCUUUAAGUAAGGGCUCCCUUCCUGUGGUGCCAAAAUUGUCUUUUCAUUUUUUUUUUUCAAGACAGGGUUUCUCUGUGUAGCUUUGCACCUUUCCUGGAUCUUGCUCAGUAGACCAGGCUGGCCUCGAACUCACAGAGAUCCACCUGGCUCUGCCUCCCGAGUGCUGGAAUUAAAGGCUGCUGGGAUUAAAGGCGUGCGCCACCACCGCCCGGCUUAUUUUCUUAAAAGAUAUGUGAGAUUAUUUGGUGCAUUACAGUGCCUUCUUUCCAGGCGCCUGAAGCACUGUAUUACACAAGCCCCCAGAGCGCCCCCCUGAGGUCAGGAACCAGCUGUGUCCAAGCAUAUGAUUUGGUUGUCAGUUCUGCUCAGUAAUGUAACAAUGGGGCUCAAAGCACAUUAGACUGGUGCACCACACUCAGACUUCUGGAGAGUUCUCUGUACCUCAUUCUUCUGUCUCUCAAAGUUAGAAAAUAAAACAUCACUCCAGCUCUAGGGGAUCCGACACCCUCUUCUGUCUCCCAUACGCCUCUGUGUACCGGUGACACACACACACAUGCACUAAAAAAGAAAUCUUUAAAAUUUAUAGCUAUGAUUUUUUUAAGCAAUAAAUAAAUAAAUAAAGUUUA